AUGUACUUUUUGCUUUUCUCAGGGGUCUCGUCUGGCACUUCUUCGGAACGAGUACAGAAUGUAUUCACCUCGGCAGCAUUUCUAGACAACAACAUAUUGAUGACGAACAACUUCCAAUCUCAGACGAUUGGUAUAUCGUACGAUAUGCGUGCCGAUGGACAAAAGCUGGAUAUUUCUCGUGCAGGAAUCAUCUUCGUGUCGAUAUUAUUGGUCUUGACUUGCGAUUCCUCGAUGGACCGAAACUCUUGGCUCCUUCGCAAUGCUACGUAUCCGGGCCUCGUUAUCAGAAAAGACUCCUCUGUUGCGACGCGACAUGUUGAUGGUGUCAAGUCUCUCGACGAGACUCCCAGUUGGAUUGGCAACACGGCUAAUGGUGAGAUGGUGAAGCUUUGCCUAGGGGGAGAACGGCCGCUCGCGAAGACCAUGUCUUAUGCCGGUUAUAACAUCGACUAUGUGGCCCAAACAACGGAGACGAGCAACCCCGAUGGCGAUCAGACGAGUGCUACUCCUUCCUUAGUCUAG